AUGUGGAGGAGCGGGAUCCUCCUCCUCCUGCUGCCGGGGCUGCUGCUCCUGGCGGCCGCUGAACUCCAGCAGGAGACGGAGCCGCGGAGACUGCCACCCCCGGGAAAGUUGGAUUUCGGUUAUGUGCCCGCGGGACUCUACGAGACUCUGGCCCAUUACGAGCCGGGGCCGAUCGGGAUCCUGUUCCAAAUGGUGCACACGUUCCUGUACGCGGUGCAGCCCAACGCUUUCCCACAAGAACUGAUCGUCAAACUGGCAAAGGACAAAUUUGGAGCCAUUCAGACGGAAUAUCAAAAGGCCAUCUACUACGAGAUAGGCUUCCUGGUGUGUGCGGCGGUGGGCCUGCUGUUCGCCGUCCUGAUCCCGUUAGCCGGCCUCUUCUUCUGCAUGUGCCGCUGCUGCGACAACUGCGGCGGCGAGAUGCACCAGCGCCAGAGGAAGAACGCCGACUGCCAGCGAGGCCUGCUGGGAACACUGCUCUUCUCCACCUCACUGGUCAUCACGAUCGGAGUGCUGUGUGCGUACGCUGCCAAUCAGAACCUGAGCUCUCAGGUGAAGAACAUCCGCAGACUGGUCAACAGCAACAUGAGGGACCUGCACACGUUCGCCAACGACACGCCCAUGCAAAUUGAUUACCUGAUAUCGCAGUACGCCACGGCCAAGAAGAAAGUCAUCUACGACCUGAAUCCCAUGCGAGAGACCAAGGAGGCCCUGGAGAACGUCAGCGUGUCUCUGGAGGUCCUGCAGGAGGGGACGGGGAAGCUCAACUUCAACCUGAGCCUGCUGUGCCGCAACAUCCGCCAGUCGCUGUCCCAGCUGCAGAUCAGCGCCAACUUCACACGGCUGCCCCGUGUGAACACUCAGCUGGAAAAGAUGAACGAGGUAUUGAGGACGGACCUCAGCACCAUCGUGCAGAGGGGCUUCUCCUCUCUGAACGACACGCCUCACAUGGUGAUAGAACAGACCAGAAGUGUUGUGGAGAGUGUACAGAGCCUGGUGGACGGCAUCGGUCACAACAUCAGCAGCUUCUCCAAGGCGUUCCCAGUGCAGAACUUCCUGUCCAACUUCACCAUCUUCAUCAGCCACACCCAUGCUAAGAUCGAGGACCAAUACCCUGAGAUUGACAAAAUGGACUUCUACAGGUGGAUCGGCUGCAUUGGUCUGUGCUGCAUGGUGGUCCUGGUCCUGGCCUUCAACUACCUGGGCCUGCUGUGCGGCACGCUGGGAUACGACAAGCACGCCUCGCCCACGACCCGGGGCUGCAUCUCCAACACGGGAGGGACCAUGCUCAUGGCCGGCGUGGGAUUCAGCUUCAUCUUCUCCUGGGUGCUGAUGGGCCUGGUGACCACCAUGUUCCUGGCCGGAGGGAACCUUGAGAAGCUUGUUUGUGACCCUUUCCACAGCAAGGAGCUCUCGUGCAAAGAGAACAAAGGCAUCUACUUGGCCAUGCGUCUGGACAAAGUCUUCAACAUCUCAACUUUCCUGAACACUACAGUGUUCACUAAGGAUGUGGUGAGUCAGCUGGAGAGCGUCAAGAUCGACCUGAGAGGAAUAAUCCUGUUAGAGGCGGAGGGGAAGCAGAACCUGCUGGAUUUCUCUGAAGCAGGACUGUCAGAGAUCAACUACGCCGACUAUCUGGAAGAGAACAAAAUCUUGGAGGUCCUCGACGCCAUCGAAGCCGCCCAGCAACUCAUCUCCCAGAAUGCAACACACUUAAUCAGUCGGGAAACAGGGAGAUACACAAUGACCAUUGUUGGCUACUUCCAUCAAUACAUAGAAUGGGUCAAGACGUCCCUGGCCCUGGAGGUCGCGCCCUGCAAACCCUUCAGCAACAUGGUGGACACGGCCGAAAUCAUAACCUGUAGUUUCUUGGUGGACUCUAUGAACACCUUCUGGAUGGGCCUGGGCUGCAGCACCCUCUUCCUGCUGCCGAGCAUCAUCCUGGCUGUGAAACUGGCCAAGUUCUAUCGCAGGAUGGAAACAGAGGAUGUUUACGACGAGUGA